AUGAAGUCCGCCAUCCUCGCGGCUACGAUCCUUUCUCUAUCUAGAGUUGCUCUGGGCAAUUAUACCCUGGUGCAGUCCUUCUCGGGCUCGAACUUCUUCAACGGCUGGCAGUUCUAUGGGAAUUAUGAUAAUACCACCGAAGGCGAUGUGACCUACGUGAACCAGACGAACGCCACCGCAUUUAACCUUGCGUAUGUCAACCCUGCCGGGAAUGCCAUUAUCAAGGUGGACAACACCAGCUUCGUGCCAUACAAUGAGAAGCGGAACUCAGUGCGCAUUAGCACAACCGACUACUUCUCCGUGGGGUCCGUCUUCCUUAUGGACGCGGUCCACAUGCCUUACGGCUGUUCCGUAUGGCCCAGCUUCUGGACGAAGGGCCAAGCAUGGCCGUCCGGUGGUGAAAUCGAUAUAGUCGAAGCGGUGAACAUGAUGACGAACAACCAGAUGGCUCUGCAUACCAACGAGGGCUGCACCAUCGCGUCCUCUUCUCUAUCUGGUUCUCUCACCGAGAACAACUGCAACUCCACGGCCGGCUGCACUGUCACCGAGAACCAGGCAAACAGUUACGGCGCGAGCUUUGCCAGCUCGGGUGGAGGUGUCUUUGCCACGCUCUUCGAGACGUCCGGCGUUUCCAUCUGGUUCUGGAGCCGCGCUAACGUUCCCACAUCGGUGUCGAGUGCGACAACAUCGAUUGACGUUUCCUCCUGGGGCACACCGUCCGCGAACUACACGUCCACCGACUGCAACAUCAACGAGUUCUUCCAACCGCAGCAGAUCGUGCUGGAUAUUACCCUCUGUGGCAAUUGGGGAGGUAUCGCGUCCAUCUAUAGCGAAACUUGUCCCGUGCAGGGCACGGCCAACGCGUCCACCUGUUACCUUGACAACGUGAUCAACAACGGCACGUCGCAGUACGCUAACGCGUACUUCGAGAUCCCGUACCUUAAGGUGUUCUCCGCGAACGGAACGGUUAUCACUCCCUCCGGCUCCGCGUCUGGCACCGGCAGCAACGUCGGGCUGCCCACGUCUACAUCCUCCGGCAGCAGUCCCUCUGGCUCCUCGGGUUCAAAGAGCAGCAGCGCGGUGCGCUGGGACCCCACCGUGCUGAGCAUUGGCAUGUCGUUUGCAGUGGCAGCGCUGGGCGCGUGGAGCGUGUUAUAG